UCGAAAGCUUCAAAUCGUGACGUUCACAACAGAGGAAAAAAGAAAAGCGCAUAAAACGUAUUCACGCACGAACAUUAAAAGAAAAGAAAUAUUUAUUUAAAAAAAAUAUAAAGUAUUUAUAAAUUAAACAAAAUUCUUAAAAUCUUCCAAAACACCAAAAUAAUUUAAGGAAAAGCAAAAUAUUAUUUUUUCCAACGAAAACGUGAACAAAAGCGAAAAAGUUUCGAAGUGUGCUCAUAUUCAGUAUUAUCCUGCCGCGUUUUCAGCUACAGAAAUAACCGUUAAAACAAUAAAGUGUUGGUUUCUUUAUUACUUUCUUGAGAAAGCUAAAGAAACUUCCAGUAGAGCACUUGCCACAUCUACCGACUUAACGACGUAGCAUCCGGCGGGCGUUUUUUUUUUUUUGUUGUUCAACUUGGGUACAAGAGGAAGUCCGAAAUCAUCAAAGCCAACGAUCUUUCACGUGUCAGCGUUGCAAUUGUGCAAUUAACAUUUAAAUAAUAUAUAACUACAUAUACGAAAAAAAAAUAAACAACACAAAAAUGGCCACAUACGCUGCAUUCAAACAUGUUGAACUCUACAAUGUGGGCAAAACUAAAAAGAGGGUCUUAAGGCCUCCAGGCGGUGGCACUAGCGACAUAUUCGGCGGUGACCUUCCACAAACUCCACGCAACGUGAAAAAUCACAUGCAAUCGAAUAUUUUCUCAUGUGACAAAAAUGGCGCUAUCAAAAAUAACGUACGACAAGGAGCUCACAGAUUCUAUUUCAUUGGUGAUCAGCCACGUCGCGGACAACAGAAAGUUGAUUCUUAUCAGCGUCUUUUCGGCGAACCAGAACGUCCAAACACUCCUGCCAGGAAUCACAUGAAGAGCAGCAUUCCAUUUGGUUCAAAUACUGAGGCCGCCCAAGAAUUGUUGGCUAACGGUAAUGGUCAUCACAGCAAUGGCAAAGGUGGUUCAGUCUCUACUUCGACAUCGUCCUCGGUAUCGUCGUCCACUGAAAAUUUGAAGAUGAACGGUGUCUCAAAAUUAGAUGGUAAUCCCGUCACCGGUGAGGGUUACAAGCCCAGCAAUUCUUUCAACAAUGCGGUGCCCACCCUGAAUGGUGCCAAUCAGGUCAUCAAUAAGAAUCGCAUUCCACCAGGUGGAUUCUCCUCAGGCCUCUGGUAAAUCAAGUUUUUAUCGCCUGUGUAUUGUUCGUUCCGUGUUUGGGGAAAAAUCAACAACAGAGAAGCGAGGGUCUGAGAUGAAGUGAUGAAACCGAAAAAAGAUAAUAAAAGAGCAAAUAUAUUACACACACACACAACCAACACAAAAAUAAAAAAUCAUAAAAAUAACUAACUGAUCAUCAGCAAAUCACAUAAUGAUAACAACAGCCGUUGAAGGAAUAAAAUGUCCUUCACUUUUUUUUUAAAGCAAGAAUGAAAUGAAUGUAUGGAUGGGUGGAGAGUUGCGGUGGAUAUUCAUAUAUUACUAACCGAGUAGGGAGAAAACAUUUUAAGAGCAAAAAUUUACAUAUAAUAAAAGUAGUUUGAAGACGAUAAAGAAUUGAAGAGAAUGCAAAAUAACUAGUAUUUAAGCUAAUCAAGCAGUAAAUAAAAAAAAAUAUACAUGCAUACACACUAUUACACACACACAACAAGUGUUAUACAGCGAAAAGUAGUAAUACAAACAUAAUUUAUUUGAAAAUUCGUGGUCCCAAAACCUGCUACGAAAGAAACUGGCUGGCUGUCAAUUGACGAUUCGAACAUGAAAUGCAAACAAAAUAAAGCAGCAACAACAAAUCAAUACAAAUUACAUGCAAAUGAUUAUGAAGUAAAAUUAACAGCAAUAUUUGAGCAAAAUUGCAUAGAUGUGGUUAAUACGGACAGCAAUUACACUACAAGUAACAAAUGUGCAUAGCAAAAUUGAGAUUUAUGCACUCGAGCAUAAAAUCUAUAAUUUUCCAAAACUAAAAAGCGAGAAAACAUACAAACCUGCAUGGCAUUUGGCAAUUUUCGUACGAACAACCGCACAACCAACACCACCACCACCCCCACUAUCAGCAAAGUCAGCAUUAUCAUCAAAUUGCAAUUAUAAAUUCAAGCUUUUGAAAUUAUUCGAAGCUUUUGCAAUUCACCAUUAUCAUGUCGCAUACAUUUCCAUUUGCAUCACCUGAAUACACACACACAACCUUAGCGUGUACGAAAAGUGCUCAACAACGAACUGCAGCUCUUACCAACAACUCAACGAACUUAAAAAACGACGACGUCGGCUUAGACGAUUAACAGAUGUUGCUUUAGAAAUUAGAAACAAAAAACCUAAAAACCCCCAAAAACAUAAAUAUUUGCUCAAUCAAAGCUGCAGUUUGUCCGUCGAAAAACAUAUAAAAAUUACAACAACAACAACAGUUCAAACGCAUACGUCUCUUAGCAGUAUCUUAAAAAUACGAUUUUAGCGCGCCAGCACAACACUUGGCGCGUAGAUUUUGUAAUUUCCAGCCGAAGUGUAUCGCCCUUCUAAAUAUCUACCAAAAAGAAAGUGCGAAAGGCACAAAACCAAACAUAACCAAAUCCACCCGCAUCCAACAUCAUUCACAACAAUAUUGAUGAACUGAAGAAUAAUAAGCUAGAACAACAACAAUGAAUUAUAAAAUAUUAAUCACUACAUCGUAAUUAAAAAAACAAACAAAAAAUCGUAAAAAAAAACAAAA